GUGGUAUAUUGUUGAGAAUAUUCUUUUGGAAGGCUUGUAUUUUGUGAAAAAUCCCCACUAGACAAUUUAUUUGGGAUUGCCACCCCAACACCAUAUUGCUUAAUUUUUGGUAGUGGGCCACCCAUAGGAACAGUGGGCCGAAGCCUGGCCCAAGUCAAUUUUCCACUUUGAUCUUCGCCGCCGCCUUCUCAUUGGAAUCCACACGGACUUUAGAAGCUUCAACCGGGGGAGACUGUGGCCGGUACUCGUACCUCCUGGCGACGACGACAUAGAUGCAGAAAUUGAUCAAACUCAAAAUCGCCAGCAGCAGAUAGAACAGAUUCAGAUGAUUCCUAUUGAUAUUGUUUCCGGCCAGCCAUCCCCCGCUCCUCGUCCUAUCCUUCGUCGCUCUAUUCACGAGCUUCACCAAUAUGGUGCUCAAGAAGUAACCAAGCGCCAUGGAGUUCCACAGCAAGGAAGUCGACAUGGACUUGAGCGCCCGGGGAGCCUCCGAGUAGAAGAACUCCAGCAGGCCGACGUAGGUGAACAUGUCGGCGACUCCGAAUAUGAAGAACUGGAUCGACAGCCACAAUGUGCUAAUCGGUAGCGGCUGCGACUUCGGCAAGGCGUCGAGCAUCCCGUGGUCCCUCGCCACCGCCUUGCGCUUCACUUCCAUGAUCGAGGCGGCGGUCAUCGACAGGCACGAGAGGGUCAGCCCGACUCCGAUUCGUUGCAGGUGCGUUAUCCCGGUGGGAUGGCCGGUGAGCUUGCGGAUGAGAGGUACGAAUAGAUGGUUGUAGAUUGGGACUAGGAUCAUUAGGAAGAGAAUUGGGAUUACAGGUAGGGUAGCUGGUGGGAUUUUGAUUGAUUUGGUGAUUGUGGGAUCCAUGGUUAGCCCUUGUACGAUUGAGAAUGUUUGGAGCGGAGCUAGGCAAAGGGUCAUGAUGAUUGUGCAGAAGAACAUUGGUAGCAUUCCCAGCACGAUUUUGGCGUUCUCUACUUGUGUGACCCUGCUUAGUCUCCAUGGAUUAGGGGUUUUUCGGAGAGUAGCUGGUGAUGAGUCUUUUGCUGUUUCUGGUAAUGGUUGAUUAAUAGCUGCUUUGUCUAGGAACUUGAAAAUUUCUCUGUGAGCUAGAAAUUCUACUUCCAUUGCUGCUUCCUUGUCUUUGCUUAUCUCAUAGAGAUCUGAAGGGUCUUCUGGAAGUUGAAGCUUUCUGUUCCUGUAGGCUGCAACAUAAACCUGCAGAAAUGACCAAUUGGUUUAGUGAGUGCUCUUCUUGCGGUGGCCUAAAGACAGGAAAUUUGCAGUCGUGGGAAAACCUGAACGAUCUCGGUAAGGGCGGUCGAUCCUUCAAUUAGUUGAAUCCGGUACCAAGGCAGGCCGAUCAAUAUCAAGAGUAUGCCGAAAGCAACGCCUAUGCAACCAAACCCAAAACCUAUGUCCCAUCCUCUGUGGUCUUGGAUCCAAACAAGGAGUGUUAAGCUGAUUGCACCGCCAGUACACGCUGCCAGCAACAGAUAGUUGAAGAAGCCAGACCUCUGCCUUGCUUCUUUUGGGUCUUUCUCGUCAAAUUGAUCAGCACCAUGUGCCGGUAAUGAUGCUUUGAGCCCUGCUGAUCCAGCGGCGAGCAAGUAGAGAGAGGCAUAGAGAUAUGCAGCAUUUCCACCUUCGACUUUCUCACAAUGAUCAGCUGGGUUGAAUACAUUACAUGUGGGUGGCUUCAUCUUGGGAUGAUGGGCUUGGAUAGCUAGCAAUGCUAGUCCCUGGACACAAGUGGGGAUUUCAUGUUUGAUCUUUGUUACGUCACAGUGAGGAUGUUAAUGCAUGAAUAAAGAGCUGAGCUUUACCAGCAUCUCGAGGCAAGCUGAAAAGAUGACAGCUCUGAGUCUGCCAAUGUAAGUAUCGGCGAGGAUAGCGAAUAGAAUGGCCAUGAUGUUGCUAGCCCCCAUGUAGUUUGUCAGCUGAUUUGCUGCUUCUGCCACUUCCAUGUGCAUAAUCCCGUUGAAAUAAGUCACCAAGUUCACUGCCAGCGCAACAGUGGCCAUGUUUUCACAGGCAAGCCCGACUGCACAAUCAAACACAAGUCUCAAAACAGUCACUCUUGCAAGGAGAAGCUCCACAGAUGAUGCCCAGGAUGGGUCUCUCUUGCAUUUGAUUUUGGGCUCCAUUUAUGGGCAAACAGAAUAUUCCUCAAUAUUGGCAGCCGCCAUUGAUGCAUCUAAUUACCUCGAGCUCAUGAUCAAGAUAUUGUCAAGGUAAGCUAGAAUACGGCCAAAUUGGAUGGGGAGUAAGAGAAGAACGAAACUAUCCAAGUAACCCGAGGAAUCCUCAGAGGCAUCCACUUGUCCAAACUACUACACACCUCUCCGCCACCUCACUCUCCAAUGCAUGCCGACGUGCCAUUCCUUCCACCCUUCCACGUCAUCUUCACUUCCAUUUCUUUCUCCUCCUCCCUGUUUAUAAAAUCCUCCACAGAACAAAUGGUCGCCAAUUGCCAGUGCCACUGCCAGUUUGCCCCCUUCCCACAACCAACCGCAUCCUCUGAAUCUCGUUGUCUUUCUGUUUCGGGCGAUGUCGACUUCCAGCGAUGAACCAGCGAUGGGAGCGAAGAAGGUGGAGGGAGCAGGUGAGCCGAUACCGCCAGGGAAACCGAUGACGAUGGAGCAGCACAUUGUGGACAAAGGGGCCAUGAUGCUUCAGAGGCUGAAGCCGAUGAAGCAGAUCAGCCAGCAUGGUUGCAGCUUCGCUAUCUAUAGCCACGACAUGACCCGCCAGAUUGAGACUCACCACUACUGCACCCGUAUCAACCAGGAUUUCCUCCAGUGUGCUGUCUAUGACUCCGAUGGCUCCCAUGGCCGCCUCAUAGGAGUGGAGUACAUAGUAUCUGACAAAACAUUCGAAGCCCUGCCUCCAGACGAACAGAAGCUCUGGCAUUCCCACGCUUACGAGAUCAAAUCAGGGCUGUGGGUGAACCCCAGGGUUCCAGAGGUCGUAGUGAAGCCAGAGCUGGAGAAUUUGGCCAAAAGCUACGGCAAGUUUUGGUGCACUUGGCAGCUAGACCGAGGGGACAGGCUGCCGAUAGGAGCACCAGCACUAAUGGUGUCGCCACAAGGCGUGAACAUGGGGGUGCCAUCACCCGAACUGGUGCGCACGAGGGAUCUCAAGUACAACAUACUCACAGAGGCGAUUCGAGAUUCGAGGGUGGAGAUUGCGGAGCCGGAGUGGCUGAACCCGAUGGCGGACUACUGGAAGCAGCACGGCAAGGGGUUCAAGAUCGACGUGGAGCCGGUUGACAUGAAACUCAGAGCUCCUUUCCCAUGAAAAGAAGCCAACGUUUUUUUUUUUUAAAUACAUGUUGGAACUUGUUUAUCCUUUCUCUGGGUUGAGAAAUAAUGCAUGAAAUGUUGGUGUGCCAAGUGUCUUUGUUCGCGGUGCCGUGACUUUUGUAUCUGUCUGUACAGUGGAGACUAAAUGGUAGUGUUUGGUAUUAUAAUCUCUUUUGAGAUUUUUUUUUAUCUAUGCAUACUUACAAGUUAC